UAUGAUUGAAGUAAGUCGGGUCGGUUCCCCUUAAACAACGCCCGUCGUCCCAACCUUCCCCCCACCACUAUCAGCGCGGUCACUUCUUGAACCUCCCACACAUUCUCAUUUCUUUAUAUCUUUGUUCCUCUCCAUAUUUUACCAUCACUAUUUACACCCCCCUCCUACAUUCACCAUGGCCGACUCUUUGACUGAAGAACAGGUCUCCGAGUACAAGGAGGCCUUCUCCCUAUUCGACAAGGACGGUGAUGGCCAGAUCACCACCAAGGAGUUGGGCACUGUCAUGCGCUCUCUGGGCCAAAACCCGUCUGAGUCGGAACUCCAGGACAUGAUUAACGAGGUUGACGCCGAUAACAAUGGCACCAUUGACUUUCCUGAGUUCCUCACGAUGAUGGCGAGAAAGAUGAAGGAUACCGACUCUGAGGAGGAGAUCCGGGAGGCUUUCAAGGUUUUCGACCGCGAUAACAACGGUUUCAUCUCCGCUGCCGAAUUGCGCCACGUCAUGACCUCCAUCGGCGAGAAGCUUACUGAUGACGAAGUUGAUGAGAUGAUCCGCGAAGCGGAUCAGGAUGGUGACGGUCGGAUUGACUACAACGAGUUCGUCCAGCUCAUGAUGCAAAAAUAAGCGCUACCUUCCUGUAUAUCCCGCCAAUUGAUAGCGAAAAUGAGCGAGAGCAAAGAAAUCUAUUCCUCAUGUCUCAUUCCCGUUUCUGCCAUUGCUCGUAGUCUACUGAGGCCGACAUCCGCUGUCGAUGGCAGUUGGCCAUGCGUACUAUUUUAGGCGUUGUCUUUUUCUCGCGGGAUGAAUGCAGUUGGAUGGAUUUAGACUGAGCUAAACAAUUCGAGAUGAUGAGAUGGUGGUGUCUGAAACCGCCGAAUGUCUCUUGUUCGGCAUGCCCGCUUUUGGCUUGCAAUUUUCUAUGCCAUUUUUCUUCGCCCUUUUCUCUGACCUACUAUUUACGAUUAUAUACAGCCCUUUCGCGUUCCUGGCUUCUGCUCUUAGGCUCUUUGAUCCCCGUAGCAGGUUUGGCUGCACAUUUUUAGAGAAAAAAAAAAAAAAAAAAA